UUCGUUCGUGCGCGUCGUCGACGCCAGCGCCAAUAAGCGGAAUCGGCAGCGGCAGCGGCAACGGCUUCGAAAUCGGAAUCGAAAUCGAAAUCGAAAUUCGACGUGAGCCGAGAGACAACGGCGACUGAUCGAAAAGAAUCCCCGCGCGCAGUGAAAUUCGUGGGAACGUUGCGCAGGUGUUUCGAUCAGCGGCAGCCGAAAAAUAAAAAUUAAACAAAAAAUAAACAACAACAACAACAGCAACAACAACGUCAACAAAUGCAAUUUGGAAUUUGCAAUUGGCAACUAACUAGAACGAGAAGUGAUACAAAACAUAAAUAGAGUGCGAAUAAGCGCAUCAAGCAUGGCCGAAGCGAUUAGCACAGCAGCCAGCAGCAUGGAGCUGGCGCUGAAGGAUACAAAUGUGGGUGGCCUGAUCGUGGACAUGACCCCGUCGACGGCUGCGCUGCUGCACCACAAUGCGCUGGCGCUGCGCAGCCUGAAGGAGGCGGCAGCCGCCGCGAGCGCAUCGGAAUCCGAGCAGCCGGAGCCGCGUUCGCUGGCAACGACGCCGACGCCGAUGCCGACGCCAACGAAUCUCAGCACUGGGCCGCACUCGCCGCCCAUGACAUUCCGCUGCGAGCGUUGCGACAACUUCGAGACGAGCUCGCGGGCGACGCUCCUGCUGCACGUGGUCCAGUGCCUGGCCGGGCAGGCGGCGGCGGCGGCCGCGGUGGCAGUGCGCCUGAAGAGCGAGGGCCACGAGGAGCCCGAGAACAUGAGCGUCAGUCACAUGGACAGCUGCAAACAGGAACCGGCUGCAGAUGCAGUCGGCGGCUCCAGUUCAUCAGCCAGCUCCUCGCCGGCGGGCAAUGGCAAUGGCAAUGGGAAUGGGAAUGGGAAUGGGAGCGGCAGCGGGAACGCCUCGCGCAAGGUGUUCGAGUGCGAUGUGUGCAACAUGAAGUUCUCGAAUGGCGCGAAUAUGCGGCGCCACAAGAUGCGGCACACGGGCGUAAAGCCGUACGAGUGCCGCGUCUGCCAGAAGCGCUUCUUCCGCAAGGAUCAUCUCGCCGAGCACUUUACGACGCACACGAAGACGCUGCCGUAUCAUUGCCCCAUCUGUAAUCGCGGCUUCCAGCGCCAGAUUGCGAUGCGUGCGCACUUCCAGAACGAGCAUGUCGGCCAGCACGAUCUGGUCAAGACGUGUCCGCUGUGCAGCUAUCGCGCCGGCUCCAUGAAAUCGCUGCGCAUCCAUUUCUUCAAUCGGCACGGCAUCGAUCUGGACAAUCCGGGCCCGGGCGGCACCUCCUCCCUGCUGCUCGCCCUCGAAUCGCAGGCAUCGGCCGCCGCCGCAGCCGCCGCAGCAGCAGCAGCUGCCGCCAGCUACUCACAGCCGCAGCUCAAUGCCAUGGGGCAGCAGUCGGUGGCGCCGCCGCCGCCGCCCUCAUCUGCGGCCACGCCCUCGGCGCCGGCGAGCCAUCAGAGCGACAGCGGCGAAUCGAUGCGCUCCUUGGAGAAUGCGACGCCUCCGAUGCACUUCCUCACGCCGCACGUCGAGAUCUCAACGCUCAGCGAGAGCGGCAACACGGAGCUGUUCAAUCUGAUUUGCGUCUUGCGUGAAUCUUUUGUCUUACAGGGCAACAACAACAACAACAACAACAACAACAAUUGCAGCAGCAACAACAACAACAACAACAGCAACACGGAGCUGGAGUCCAGCGAGCAACUGAAGGAGCACCCGCUGCUGCUGGCCCCCCAGGAUCUGCCCAUGGACUGCAAGGCCACGCCCAUCACAUCCAGCACAACGUCGAGUCUGAGCAGCAGCAAGAGCCACCAUUCCCAUGCCCAUCAUCAUGCCCAUCAUCCACAUCAUCAUCCACAUUCACAUCCACAUCAUCAUCAUGAGAAUCACAUAACGCCUUCGAUUAGCCUAAUACCCAUCAAGCAGGAGCCGCUGCUGGAGGAUGCCGACAGGAAGGACUCGCUCAAUGGCAGCGCCGCCUGCGAUGCCAACAGCGAUACGGAAAUCGCUGCCAACAACAACAACAACAACAACAACAACAACAACAGCAACAACAACAACAACAACAGAAUCACCUCACUGAUUAAGGUCUCGCCCCUCAAAUCGCUGCUGCGUGAGGACCUGAAGCGACGGAUCUGCGCAAAGGCGAACAAUCGGAUCACGCGAAAUGCGACGCCGCUGGAGCACGAACUGCAGAGUCUGCCGCAAACGAUGUUGAAUGGCGGCGGGGCUAGUGGCGCCGCCGGCGGCGGCACGGGCGCCGCCACGCCCACAACACCGGCGGGCGGCAGUCACAAUGGUAACAGCUCCGCGACGCCCAUCUGCAACGGGACGAUCACGUCAACGGGGCAGGAGAGCGAGCUGCAGCUGAACCGCAAACAGAUACUCACGUGCCAUUUCUGCGGCAUCGAGUUCCCCGACGAGACGCUCUACUUUCUGCACAAGGGCUGCCACUGCGAGAGCAAUCCGUGGAAGUGCAACAUCUGCGGCGAGCAGCUGAACAACGUUUACGAGUUCAAUGCCCAUCUGCUCAGCAAGAGCCACCAAUAGCAGCCACAGUUUGGCGGCAACUGACAGUUGCCAGCCACAUAAAAAAAAAAAAAACAAAACAAAACAAAACAAAAUGAAAAAACAUUUAUCUAAAUGCAAUAUAUAGCUCAAACUGAGUCGGAAGAAGGAGAACAAAUAUAACACACUAGUUUAAAGUUGAUUAACAAAAAUUUUUACAAAAUGAAUUAAAAGAAAAGAUAAGAACAAUGAGAGCUACGUAGUUACCUAAUCCCACACAACGAGAAGAAUUCAGUUACAAAUUCUUCCAAUGAGAAAUCUUAAAUUUAAAACCCCAUACCCAAAUCCUGUUAUGUAGUCUUAAUUAAUGCAAAUUUUUUAGUCUAUAGUCUUUGGUGUAUAUAUAUAGGAGAAUAUACAUAAAUAGAAAGGUAAAACGAAGCUGAGUAAAGGAAAAAAGGCAAUAAAUUUAACAGCCAGUUUAACUGGCAGCUAAGCUUACGUCAUACGUAAAGCGACAGUUUUUAGUGCAAGUAGGCGACGCCAGAGGGCGCCUCAAAGGCGUCGCAACGUUUUUAAACUAGGCAUUUCACACACAUAUACAAACAGCUAGACAAGCAUAUAUACAUACACACACACACACACAUACAUACAUACAUACAUAUAUAUAUAUAUAGAAGUCUGUGCACUCUUUUGUCCAUAUACUCCAAUAUAUGACCAUAACUAAGGGCUUUCAAUUUGUUAUGUUUUUCAGAGUUUAUCUAGAGAAAGGGGAAGAGCAGCAGCAAAAAAAAAAAAAAAACAAAAAAACAAAAUAAAAACAAGUUUAAUUACUGAUAAAUCUAUAUAUAUAUAUAUAAUUACCUUUAUAUAUACCAUAAACGCAAUACUGAUAUACACAGUUGUACGUUAUAGCCAGGACACACUGUUUUAGCCACACACACACACACACACACACAGACACACUGACACACACAGACAGCUACACACAACAAUUUAAGAAUUAUAUUAUUAUACUCGUACCUUUUACUUAGCCUCUAGUUAAACUAACUUAUAAAUAUUAAAAGUAAAGUGUAAAAGAAUUAAGCAUAAGUUGAAUGAAAAUUGCGCUUUACAAAAGCUCGCAGUUUUCUGGUUGAAGAAAAUUCGCACAGUGCUGCUCAAAAGAAUGCAUACAACAAACGACACUGUGUCAAAGAAAAUGAUUAGAAAAUAAUUCAAAAUGAAGGUAAAAACAAUAUUUUUUUUUUGUUUUUGUAAAAUACGAAAACAAAUGCAAAUGUGAUACGAAAUUGUUGUAAAUAAUUGGUAAAUGAAAAAUUUAAUUUGUUUUGAAUAGUGCAAAAGAAAAAAAGAAAAAAAUUAAAUGAAAAACUAUGCCUUAGAUGCCUAUAUACACUGUACAAAACGAAAAGCAAAUGCAAAAAAACAGAAACAAAAACAGAAACUGGAACAGAAACAGAAACGGAAUGUUGAUUAGCGUAUAGUUAACUUUAGUGUUAAAUCAAAAUUGUGAUCCUCCCCCUCCCAUGCUCCCUGUCUACUAAUCUGAACUGUAAACCCCCCCCCCUCCCCCUUCCCGCUCUAAUACCCUUUGCCUGACAACACUCGGGGGUUGUAUGCAGCCUCUGGCUGAGCUGCUGUGCGCCAAUUUUGACUUCAGAUUAAACAUCCGUCCAUGAGGUUCACAUCAAUUUCUAGAGUGGCAACAGAUAAAUAUAUUGCAACAGAUAACAAUUAAAACAAAUAACAUAAUCUAAUUUAGUUUUGUUAUAUAUAUCUAUAUAUUGUUUAAGAUUUGUAAAGCUUUUGGGUUUAGUUUUUGUUUGUUUUCUUGAAAUUUAGUUUAAUCAAAUUUGUUGUUAAUUUGUUAGCACAGUCAACUAUUUGGCAGGGCCUGCAGCACUUGCAUUUUAUAUACAACACACACACACACACACACACACACACACAUACCUGUAGUUAACUCUAGCCAAUUAUGUAAAUGGUUUAUAUAUAUAUAUAUAUAUUUUACUUUUUGUUGUGUUCACUUAAUGUUUAAUGCUCAACUUAAACUUAUUAAUAUGAUUAAUUUGUAAUUUAGUUAUCCAUUUUUUUUUUCAAACUAUAAUUUUCUUAAAUACACACACACACACACACACACUUGCAUAACAUUGUUAAUUAGAAUACGAACAAAUUGUUAUAAAUAGUAAUGCAAAAGUGGCUGGGUUUAAAAACAAACAAUUGUUAAAACAAUUUUCAAAGAAAUCAAAAAUCAAUACGUUUAACGUGGAAUGCAACAAUUGAGCAAUUUUUUAGCUGAACUUUCAUGUUGAAUUUUUAAUAGAUUAAUAUUAUGGUAAAUCAAGAGGAAACCGAAAACCGAAACAAAA